UAAAUAGUAGGAAAUAUGUUGCGGAAUUCAUUGCGGGUGUUGAAGUCGCGAAACCAAUGUGGACGGCUAUGUGCUACGGUUGUGGUCAGAUUCAACUAUGCAAAAGAUUUUAGUGCUCUCUCUACACCAGUAUUAGAGCACAAAAAUGCUGUUAACAACCAAGUUUUAACCAGUAUUUGUCCCUGCCGGACAAUGUUUAUCCAAACUCAAGAUACGCCAAAUCCUAACAGUUUGAAAUUUUUACCAGGAACAAAGGUCCUGGAGCCUGGACAGACGAUGGACUUUCCUAAUAUUGGAGCUGCACAAUGCAGUCCUUUAGCAAAAAUGCUUUUUCGUAUAGAAGGUGUCAAAGGGGUAUUUUUUGGCCCUGAAUUCAUUACAGUAACAAAAAAUGAUGAUGAUACAGAAUGGAAGUUCUUGAAACCUGAGAUCUUUGCUACUAUUAUGGAUUUCUUUGCCAGCGGUCUGCCCAUUGUCACUGACGCUAAGCCUUCUGGAGAUACUCAAAUAAACGAAGAUGACGAUGAAAUUGUUCAAAUGAUAAAAGAGUUGCUUGAUACUCGCAUAAGACCCACAGUGCAGGAGGAUGGUGGUGAUGUACUAUUUGUUGAAUUCAAGGAUGGAAUUCUAAAGCUGAAGAUGCAAGGCUCAUGCUCUUCCUGCCCUAGUUCUAUUGUCACUUUAAAGAAUGGGGUACAAAAUAUGAUGCAGUUUUAUAUUCCGGAAGUAGUAGCAGUGGAACAAAUAAUUGGUGAAGACGAAAAAAUAAGUGACAAAGUCUUUCAAGAAUUUGAAAAACUCAAAGCUAAGGAGAACAAGAAGGAAUAAAUAAACAAUCAAUUUAAUUGUGGACAAGAAUUGUAUAGCUGGUUUCUGAUAAUGUAUAUAUAAAUUAUGUAAUUACUUGUGUGCAAUUUAUUUCUAAUUUAAACUUAAGUUAUAACUUCAAUUUUUAAGUAG